AAAGAAUUCAAGAUGGCUGUCUCAGUCUCCAGAUGAGGGCUUCUUCCUGCUUUGCCCUGGUGUGUGAAUCUUUUGUGUGGCUGACUGAGUCUCAGUGCUGCCAGUCCCUCACUGCCUCUUUGGAGACAUCAUGUCCUCCACCUCCUCCUGUUCCUCCUCGGGGGAAAACAGCCCAGAAGACAUUCCCCGAGGUGGGGGCACCAUCCGUGUCUACCUCCCCAACAAGCAGCGGACGGUGGUAAACGUUCGACCUGGGCAGACUGUCUACGACAGUCUAGACAAAGCCCUGAAAGUCAGAGGCCUUAGCCAGGAUUGUUGUGCUGUCUUUCGCCUUCUUGAAGGCCGUAAGAGGCUUACAGAAUGGAACACUGACAUCACACCCCUCGUAGGGGAGGAGCUUCUGGUAGAAGUGCUGGAUGAUGUUCCCCUUACCAUGCACAACUUUGUACGUAAAACAUUCUUCAAGUUAGCAUACUGUGACUUCUGCCACAAGUUUUUGUUCAACGGCUUCAGGUGUCAGACAUGUGGGUAUAAAUUCCACCAGCACUGCAGCAGUAAAGUCCCUACUGUAUGUUUGGACAUGGAUACAAUGACAAAACGGUGUGGUGCUAGUUCCUGCUCAGAAGACUACCCUCAGAUACCAAUUUUGAUCAUGCCAGACUCCAAUUCCAUAUUACAGAGUGACCUAGCUUUAACCUCUGAUCAUCAUGGAGGAGACCUGCUGUCCCCGGGCUCUCCCUCCUUCUGUUUCCUCGUGCGGGGGGAGGACGGUCAGUCUCUUCAGAGGCAUCGGUCCACCUCAACACCAAACGUCCACAUGGUCAGCACUCUGGAUCCCGGAGCUGCUGGCCUCAUGGAGGAGCCAUUAAAAAUCAGUGCAAUGGGACCAGAGCCCUCUACCAAGCCUUCCACUAGCCCACCCCACCUAGGAUCACCAGGAAGAAGACCCCCCAAAUCCCCUUCUGAGCCCAAGGAACGAAAGCCAUCAUCAUCUGAUGAUAAAAAGAAAGUGCACCGUGGAGGUUACAGAGACUCCAGUUACUACUGGGAGGUGCACUCACGGGAGGUGACCAUGUUAAAAAGGAUUGGAGCAGGCUCUUUUGGAACAGUCUUUAAAGGCAAGUGGCACGGAGAUGUGGCUGUCAAGAUUCUUAAAGUGACCGAGCCCACACCAGAGCAGCUACAAGCCUUUAAAAAUGAGAUGCAGGUUUUAAGAAAAACACGUCACGUUAACAUUCUGCUGUUCAUGGGCUUUAUGACAAAGCCUAAUUUUGCCAUUAUCACACAGUGGUGUGAAGGCAGCAGCCUGUAUCACCACCUGCACGUUACAGAGACCAAAUUUGACACCAUGCGCCGUAUUGAUGUUGCUCGCCAGACUGCUCAGGGCAUGGAUUAUCUUCACGCCAAGAAUAUCAUUCAUCGGGACUUGAAAUCUAAUAAUAUCUUUCUGCACGAAGGGUGGACGGUAAAGAUUGGUGACUUUGGGCUUGCCACAGUAAAGUCUCGCUGGAGUGGCUCUCAGCAGGUUGAACAGCCCAGUGGCUCCAUCCUGUGGAUGGCCCCUGAGGUGAUCAGAAUGCAGGACCAUAACCCAUACACCUUCCAGUCAGAUGUAUAUGGCUAUGGAGUGGUGCUUUAUGAACUGAUGUCUGGGACUUUGCCUUAUUCAAAUAUCAACAACCGUGAUCAGAUUAUUUUCAUGGUGGGUCGUGGAUACUUAUCCCCAGACCUGAGUAAACUGCACAGUAACUGCCCUAAAUCAAUGAAGAGGCUCAUCAUCGACUGUCUGAAAUUCAAACGGGAUGAACGGCCUCUCUUUCCACAGAUCUUGGUGGGCAUCGAGCAGGUCCAGGAUCUGUUGCCAAAAAUCGAGCGGAGUGCCUCUGAGCCCUCUCUACACCGCGCUGUACAUGCCGAGGAUCUGAAUCCACUUUUCCUUCAUACCACACGCCUCAUGCCUCUGUGAGACUCCCAGAGAUGCUCCACUCUUUUCCCAAAUGCCGUAUAUCAUCAUUCCAAGCAUGGAAUCCCUUAUUCCUCUGAUUGUUCCACACAUUCCCGAGAGCACCUGGACUACUGCAUUGGUCCCACAUAUACUUAAACACCAAAUUUAUCGACUCAUUUGGCGCACUCCUACAUCAUCUCCCCUUAUAGUUCCAGAAUUCUCUCCAUGCUGCUCCGGUGUAAACUGUCAGACUGCGGAAGUCUAAGUAGACCAACAUCUUUCUAACACUGAAGUAGGAAAUAAUCUGUGUUCUCUUACUACACAUGGAUUUGGAAAUCCAAGCAUCAUAUUUGCAAUGUAUCGGCACAAUCUUUACAACCUCUAUUUUGAGGUGUAUUUCAAAAUGUGUUCUGCUUGUGCUUGCAAGUUAUGUUUUUUACUUGGAAAUGACAAAGCAUUUUUUUUUUUCAUAGAACCUUUUCUUUUUCUCCUGGUUCCCUCUUAACCUUUUUUUUUAAUUUUUUUAAUUAAGCUGCAAUAGAACACCGUGAUGGCUCUGUUCAUUUGCGUGUCAGUCACACUCAGACUCUUUGCUCAAAGCGACAUCAUAGAUUGGUUUGCAGUCAGUUGCUUAAAAUACAUGGUAAUAUAAUCUUUUAUGUUCAGUCAAGAUCAUACACUCAUAGAUUUGUAAUUUUUUUUAAUUCCGUUAUUCCUUUUUUUACUUGUCUAGAUGGAAUACAACUAGAUGGUAUUGGAUGUACAUGUGACUGGUACCCUUAAAGAGAUAGUUUGCCCUGAAAUGUAAAUUCUGUCAUCAGUCACUCACCCUCAGGUUUUUCCAAACUUUUAUUCCAUUAAACACAAAAGAUAUUUGACAGAAUGGCAGUCACACAUUUUUAUUGUAUGGCAAAAAGAUGCAAUAAAAGUGAAUGGAGAAUGAGGCUGUCAGUCCCUAAUAUUCUGCAUAACAUCUCAUUUUGUGUUCUGGGGAAGAAAGAUAGUUUGGAAGCAGAUGAGGGUGAGUAAAUUAUGACAGAAUUUCCAUUUUUGCAUGAAGUAUCCCUUUAAAAAUGAUGCUGUGCAUGUGAUAUUUUCACAAACCCUUCUUAAUUGGCUAUUUUUUACUUUUGGGCUUGUGCUGCAUUUUAGUCUGCUUUAUACUGUAAUAGUAAAGAAACUUCAGGAAAAUUGCACAGAUAUUGUCAGUGACACCACAGAAUCAAGUUAUCCUCAUAAAGCAUGGAUGCACAUCCUGAAGUGAUGGGGGAAGGAAAAAUUGAGCAUGUCAUUUUCUUUGUUAGUUUGAAAUGAGUACAUGAUGCUGUGGUUUAAAAAAACAAAUAUGGUAAAAUUAUUUACCAUGUUUCUUUUAAAUAUUGCAUCUUAAAACCUUUAAACCAUUCACAAUCUAAGUUGAAGUGGUUCAUGAUGACCAUAACCAGGACUGGUUAACUAAUACUGACACUUCAUCUCAGUCUGGCUUGUGGACUCAUGCAUUUGGCACAGAUGGCAUUGUUAAACAUUGGCAGUACUGCCCACUGCUGUUGAAAUGUCUUUUUUUUUCCAAUGUAAAAAUUGUCUCAUAUCCUAGCUUAAAUGGAUAAUUUACCAAAAAAUGAAAAUGAUCUCAUAAUUUACUCACCCUCAUACCAUCCCAGAUGUGUAUGACUAUGAACACAAAUUAAGAUUUUUAGAAGAAUAUUUCAGUUCUGUAGGUCCUUUCAAUGCAAGUGAAUGGUGACCAGACAUUUCAAGCUCCAGAAACCGCAUAAAGGCAGCAUAAAAGUAGUCCAUAUGACUCCAGUGUUUUAAUAUAUGUCUUCUGAAGCGAUUUAAUGACUUUGGGUGAGAAACGGAUCAAUAUUUUAAUCUUUUCUUACUGUAAAGUUUCACUUUCAGAUUAAUAAUUUUUUAUAUAAUUGUAAAAGGACUUAAAUAUUCAUCUGUUUCUCAAACACACCUAUUAGAUUGCCUUUUGAAGAUGUAGAUUUAACCACUAGAGUUUUAUGGAUUUCUGCAGCUUGAAGGUCUGGUCACCAUUCACUUGCAUUGAAAAGACCUUAAAAAGAUAUAAUAUUCUUCUAAAAAUCUUUGUUUGUGUUCAGCAGAAUAAAGUCAUAUACAUCUGAGAUGGCAUGAGGGUGAGUAAAUGAGAGAAUUAAAAUCUUUGUGUGAACUAUCCCUUUAAUAUGCAGAGACAUCAUAUUAGUAAGCCAUAAAUAGGUUGACUUUCUGUAGGAAGAGUCUAUGAACUUUGGCUCAGUGGCACUUUCAAAACAUUGACCCAACAUUGGCUCAGCCAAUUGUAUGAGUUUGCGAUGGAACUACCUGUUUGUUUGUUUGUUUUAACGAUGCAAUUCCUUACAGUAAUUACACACAGCACCUUUAAAAGCACUGUAAGUCAUUUUAAGAUGGAGUUACAGUUGAUUUGCUUACAUGCUAUGCUCUCAAGCAGUGUUUGAGAAAUUACUCUAAAUACACUUCUUAGAAUAGGUUUGUAACUUUAGAAUCGCUACUGACCACUGGUUAACCAUGGCUAACCAGUUGCAGAAAAUGCUUGGAUAGGCAGCCUCUGAUGUCCUACGAACAAAGCUGCUGCUAAACUCACAGAUGAUCAAGAUGGUGCUAAGGGCUAAGCUGUGGUGAGUGAGCAUUAAAAGAAUGGCAGUUCAUCAUUUUGUUUCAUAAGCUCAAUAGCAUUUCCUUGCGUAACAGUCUUGCUGUGUAAAAGCAAUAUUAAAGUUAUUUUUUCCCAUUCCGAUGUUUUCAUU